UCGUCACGGCUUGCACUCGUCGACCGAUUCCCACUAACCACUUACACAGGCUUAAAAGACCUGAACGAGCUCAUCGUGGCCAGACGCGACAAGCUGUAUCAGGAAGUCGAAGGCGUCACCCAAUACCUUUCGUUCAAGGAUGUGUCACCGCAACAAUUCGACUAUAUUGUGGAGCGUGAGGAAGGACUGAGCGGCCACGUUCGCCUGAAUUACUUCCGUGAUAUUGAAACCUUGGUUGUCAAAAUCCCCGCAAGAGAGACUGAACAGGCCCACGUCAACUUCUGGAGAAUCGUCCUAUGUGCCUCGGACAAGAUGGGCGUGGGUUUGAAAGAAACCUGCGGCCUUGGUGCCACAACAUUCUGGGGGCCUACGGGUUCGGCAAAGGAGGCUGACUCUUCGUUCACGAACCUCCACAGCCGACCAUCACGCCAGUGGCCAAUCUGGGUGAUUGAAGCGGCAAUACGACCCUCGGAAUCGAUGCUGCGACUCCGAGCCGCUGCCGCGUGGUGGGCUGCUCACUCUGCUGGCAGCGUGAAGCUUGUUUUUCUCAUCGAGACCAACCGGGAGACCAAGGAGGUCAUAGUCGAGCAGCAUGUGCCUGUGCGGUGGAACUACCCUAACACUCGUUCGCACUUGGAAAGUGGUGCUAGCCCAGUGUGGAAAGCUAGCAGGGUGUCGACAGUCACGAUUCGGACUCAAGGAGUCGACUCUCCUACAAUACAAGGGGGACCACUUGUUCUGGAGUUUGAAAGUGCUUUUAAAAGGGCACCAAAUCCACCGCUUGAACAGGACGUUAUGCUCUCGGAGACAAAACUCUUGACAUGGGCCGCACUCAUCAUC